AGCAUAUUCAAAAUUAUCAGAAAUUUCAUCAAAUGUGAAUAAAGUAAAUUAGAAAUGCACUCAUGUUUUUGUUUGAUUGUUUUUGAUGGCAAAUCGCUUACCGAUUUCUUUUUCUUCGAAUAGUUUUUCUACCAAAUUACUAGAACAGCUAUAUUUAAUAAAUGGACACACACUGAAUGAAUUCUUCAAAAUGAUCGGAGCAGUACACCGACUUCGAAGGCUUGAAAAAAUCUAUACCAAAGCUAUCAACCCAAGUCAGGAUUGUUUAAAGGAAAAUAAGAAAACAUUUUAUCAUGACAGUUACUCUUGUGUUUCGCAUCAAAGCAUGAAUCCAUCAGCACACCAGUAUUUCUUCUGUUAACACAUAAUAAGAGGAAAGAAAAUGACUCAAAAAUUAUAACUUCAAAUGUAAACAAAAAAAUCCGCUUCAUACUCGGCGGAGAACGUUAAUGGCAGACUAAUCGACGAAAGCGGUGCGGAUGAAACUUAAAUGCCAUGCGCGAAUAGGUCAUGACAUGUGACUUUUACGUCACAUGAAUUGACCCCAUUGUUUGAAUUAGGGCAUACUGCAGCUACUGCAAGACAGAUGUUGCAAAUGGAAUUAGAGCUUCAGAGUAAUGAAGAUUAUGCAGAAGCAUGCAUGGACAGUUCUAAACUACCUUCAUUAUCUGUCGUAAAUCACUUGCUAAAUAAUGAAUUUAGGAAAAUCUAUGGAUCUCCAGGGGUGUUUGUGCUCCGGGGAAACCACGGAAUUCCGGGGAUUUUGAACUUCGAUACCCGGAAAUUCCGGGGAUCGUCGUUCAAAAGGAAGUAGGAAUAAUAAUGAAUUAUUUAUUUUGAUCUGGGUAAUUUUGUUUGCUUUGAAAGCAGAAAACGCAAGGUCAGUGUGUGUGGUGAAAACUUUUCCUUUCUUUCUCCAAAGGCAGUGAUAAUGCGUGAAAAGGGGGAAAAAACUUCUUUUUUGUUCUUUCCUUAUUGCGAGUUAUGACUCAUUCCCCCGGUUCUCGGACAUUCUCUUCUGGAUUCUUUUCGGCAAGUAGGCGCGGCAGAAAAAAAAGGGAGAGACUUCGUUCGACCAGAUGUGCGAUCACGUGACCUGGGUUCAAAGGUCUUAAUUUUGCAAAAUUAAUGGUUAUUAAUUUUGCAAAAAAUGUAAUUCAUUGAACUUUUAUAAUUAGGUCAUUCAAUACUUCAUAAUCGUAAUUUUUCAUUUCUCUUCCCCCCCCCUUCUCGAAACUCCAAAAUGUCGGUAGUAAGUCCGUAAAAGUUUCCGGGGAUUUUUUGGGGUCCCACAAACACCCCUGGAUCUCGAAGAGAAAGCGAUAUUGACAGGGAAGUUGAAAAAUAUAUUUCCUCAUACAAUCAACAGCCAUUCUGCAAAGCUGCUUUUUCAAAAGUAAAGAACAGUUUGGCGAUUGCUGUAGUGACGCCGAUAAUGAAGCGAAGUAUAGAUUUACUUAGCAACGUUCAAGAAAUGAUAAUGCUUGAUGCAUCUGGCCACAUGGACAGAUUAAAUCAUCGUGUUUAUUUUUUUAUUUCUCCAGGUGUAGCUGGUGGAAUACCUAUUGGCUGCAUCAUCACAAAUGCAGAAGAAACUAAUAUUUUUCGUGAAGGAGUGAAACUUCUUAGUGAGUGUUUUCCUGAGAAAUGCUGUUUAUUGCAAAAUGGGCCACUGAUUGUAAUGACAGAUGAUGAUCUGAAGGAAAGAGAAGUUCUGAGUGAAAUAUGGCCGAAUUCUACUUACUUACUCUGUCAGUUUCAUGUGCUAAAAGCAGUGUGGCGAUGGCUUAUGGACAAUGAAAAUAAAAUUCUAAAAGAGCACCGUCAAGAAUUAUAUUUUUCCUUUAAAUCAUUGAUGUAUGCAGAAACUGAAAUGCAACUGAAAGAGUUGCUUCAAAAUAUGUUGGAGAAUAGCACAGUCAGGAAAUAUGACAAGUUCAUCAUAUAUUUGAGCAAGUUGUUCUCCAAAAAGCAUUUAUGGUGCACUUGUCAUAGAAAAAUGCUUUUAACCAGGGGAAAUAAUACAACAAACUAUGUUGAAAGUUUGUUCAAAGUUUUAAAAGAGACCAUACUUGGACGAGUGAAAGCAUUUAGCUUAGUUCAAUUAUUGGACUUCAUUGUCACAAAAUUUGAGAAGUAUCUACAUAGUAGAUAUUUAGAUUUUAGUUUUGGUCGUUCUAACAAAAAACUAGUAAAAAGGUUUUUGCCUGAUGAUAAAGGAAUAAUUCAGAACAUCAGAUCACUAAAUAAAGAUAACACUUAUUUUGAAAUUGAUCAACAUUUUGUUGAUUUGGAAAGUUCCAUUUGCACUUGCUUUGUUGGCAUGAAUGGAAAGCUUUGCAAGCAUUUAAGUGCUGUAAUUCUGAAACAAAAUAAACAAUCAACAUUUGUCUAUUCUCUAGAAAGUAGAAAAUUAAUGUAUGAAGUGGCUACUGGAAAAAAAUUGGAUUCAAAUAGCACCCUCUUGCUACCUUUAAGUUUUAACCCAUCACACAAUUUUCCUUCUUCUCAAUCUGAUGAUGCUCUACAACCACAAUUUUCUUCUACGGUACUUCCACAUUCAUCUAAUGAUAUACUUUCACAAUUUAAUAAUAAUACACUUAAACAUUCUUCAAAUGACACACUUUCACCUAGAGAUAUUGACACAUUUUCACAACCUUGCAAUGAUAACAUGAUUCUACCAACUACUUCACAGCCCAUUGCAGCUACAUGUCAGAACUCGGACAGUGAAACAGAUGAUGAUGAUUAUUUACAAAAAUUUGAGGAUAUAAUUAAUCGGAUUAAAUCCGGUUACAUAAAUAAUCCUGAUGUUUUUAAGCCAGCAAUAAAAAAAAUGGUGAAGAAUGUUAACAAGUUCGGAAAAACAGAAACUGGAUUGGUGUCUGCCUUGCAUAACUUUGGAAGAAACCUUAACUACUCAAGCAGAGUUUUGAAGUGCAGCAGAAGGAGAGGCAAUCAAAUUCCUGUUCAACCUACAGCAAUUGCAAGAAGAAAAUCUAUUUAUUCUGGUAGGAAAACUCAAGUUGGUGGGAGGCCAGUUAAACGAGCAUUACCACCUGCCCUAAAAGAACAUACUUAUGGAAUAUUCUCUGAGUUACCGAAAAAACAUCGAAAAACAAAACAUAGUUUGACGCAUUGUGUCGAAAAAAAUGUAUCUCUUCCAAAUUAAUUUAUAUUUAU